GGUCGAGAUGUCGGGUCUUAGCCGUUUAGAGAUGGAGGGCUGUCGUCACCUGCUCGGCUUACUGGACAACGACGAGAUCAUGGCCCUAUGCGACACCGUCACCAACCGCCUAGUGUACCCUGAGGACCGCCAAGAUGCUAUUCGUGCAAUAUUAGUGUAUAGUCAAAGUGUAGAAGAGCUUCUUAAACGUAAAAAAGUCCACCGAGAAGUCAUAUUUAAGUACUUGGCAACACAGGGGGUGGUUAUACCUCCAACUACUGAAAAACACAAUCUAAUUCAGCAUACAAAAGAUUACUGGGAAAAGCAAUUGCAACUGAAACUGAAGGAAACACAGGAGCCAGUUACAAAGACAGAGGACCUCGGACUUUUUCAGCAGCAGGCAAAAGAAGGAAAAAAUGCUGAAAAAGUUGAUUUUCGUCGCCUAGGAGAAGAAUUCUGCCGUUGGUUCUUUGAACUUCUUAAUUCUCAGAAUCCUUUUCUGGGCCCACCUCAAGGUGAAUGGGGACCACAACACUUCUGGCAUGAUGUCAAGCUUAGGUUUUAUUACAAUACUUCAGAACAAAAUGUGAUAGACUACCAUGGAGCAGAAAUUGUAAGCCUUCGUUUAUUGUCACUAGUAAAAGAAGAAUUUCUUUUUCUCAGCCCCAACCUAGAUUCCCGUGGACUAAAAUGUGCUUCUUCUGCACAUGGGUUAGUUAUGGUUGGUGUUGCGGGCACUGUUCAUCGAGGGAACAGUUGUAUGGGCAUUUUUGAACAAAUUUUUGGACUUAUCCGCUGCCCUUUUGUGGAAAAUACUUGGAAAAUCAAAUUUAUCAAUCUGAGAAUUGUUGGAGAAAGUUCCCUUGCUCCUGGAACAACAUUGAAACCAGCUGUUAAAUUUGAACAGAGUGACCUAGAGGCCUUUUAUAAUGUAAUCACUUCGUGUGGUGACAACGAACUAAAACUUACUGUAAGGCAGACAGUGGAUAGUGGGACUGGAGACCAAGCUUUAUGUAGUGGAAAUGAGACAUUGUUAGAAAAAAAGAGAAUUGAGUUUACCUAACCCUCUAGAGCAUUGAGCACUGUUAUAUCAGCUUAAAAAGUCUUCCACGUGGAAACUUUUCAAAUACUGCAUCAGUAAUUUCUAAGUGAUUUCAGAUGUAAGGAUUGACAUAUUUUAGUUCAAAUGCUUUCUGGACUACAGACUGACACAUUAUGUGAAUACUUGGCCUAUUUCUACCUGAGUUUCAUCAAAUGUUCUGGAGAGCUUACUGCAGUUUAUCAAAUAAAUCCCACUUUAGAUGUUGUAUAUAACUGUGUGCCUUAGAAUCCAGGUAAUAUCUUAAUUUUCACUUAGUAUUAUUGGUAUCUGUAUUUUCCAUACAGCAAAGGAUUAGUAGUGUUCUACGCUAUCCUCUUUAAGUUUUUCAUUUACUUUGAUCAAGGUCUGGAUAUGGAAUAUUUUCCAAAUGCAUCUCAGUACAGUAUUGUUUUAAAAAAUCUUAGAUAUUUUAGAGAUGGUUAAUGUCAACUCAGUAUUGUCAUUUUAGAAAACUCAAAUAACAUUCAGAAGACCAAAAAUUUAGCAGAGGGAGAAAAAUAUAAGUAUAGAACCAUUUCUCAAAGUUGGCUGCUCUGAUCCAAGCUAAAAGUUUCUUUUAAUAUGCACUGUUUUCUGAACUUUUGGGGGGAAUGAUAAAUGCUAUCCUCAAAACAGACUUUAUUCUUACCAAGGCUUCAGCCAACAGUUUUAUAGAGCAUUUAUUGUAGCACCAUAUAAAAGAAAGUAACUGUUGACAUUUUUAAGGUGUGCCUAGUUCCACCUUAAAAAAAUGAAUUACUGUUUCCUCCUGAUUGAUCUUGAUAGAGGUGACCCCCCCCCCAAAAAAAAACAAAAACAAAAACUUAGAACAUGGGCAUGCAUAUAUGCAAAUGCAUAAUAUAUCCCCACUAUAAUUUAAACUUAGUUUUUCACCUCUAAUUUGUGUUACAAGAUUUGACUUAUAAGUUUGAGUUGCCAGAUUUAAAGCAACUAUAUAGUUGCUUUAAAGUUUAAGUUUCUCAUCACCCAACAACUAUUUGCUGAUACUGGGUUUAGUUAGGAAUUGUGAUUUAUAAAAGUACCAUUUAGGAAAAAAUUUAAUGGGAUAAUAUAAUGAUGUUUUAUAUGUGUUAAGUUUUUACAUUUAACUCUGCACAUGAUUAUCUAGGGGAGACAGAUGAAUAUUGGAAGCAGGAGGAAAAUACUUUUUUUUAAAUGAUAUGCUUCUUAGAGGAAUACAAAUUGAUAUGUCAUAAAAAUAAGAAUAAAGGAGGAAAAUCCCUUUUGUCUGUGUAAGAAUAGUGUAUUGUUUAGAUUUACUUUACAUUUGUCUUGCUCUUAGAUAAAAUUUUAGACAUUGAGCUGAAAUAAAACAAAUUUGCUGCUAGUUACACUACUGGUAUAAUAUAAUUAGUAAUAACGAAAACAGCCAUCUGAAAAGUAAUUAGCUCAUACUUUUAUAAGCUAGACAAUCAGGUCAUAAGUCCAUCUUUACCUAUCCUAUAACUGCUUGGGUUUAAAAAUGAGUUUUAUCUUAUUUCUUAGGUUUGAAGUACCAUUAUAAAAUAUAAAUAUUCUAAAUAAAUGAUAAAAUUCAAAACACUUCAUCUCUUUUGCUAUUGAUGUCAGGUAGUGCAGAAAUAUUACUAUAGAUGCUCAGGUGGGCAGGGAUUUCCUUUAGCUGUCUUCAGGAUUGCAUAUUUGAAUUUGUAGAAAGUCCAAGGAACGCUGCAGUUUCUUCACAUUUUUAAUCAGCCUUAAAAAUUGAAAUCUAGAUUUAAGUGGAUUGGGAUUUUUUUUGUUUUUUUUUUUCAGGAGGUGAAUCCCCACAUCUGAGAACAUAGUAGAGCCUCAUGUUGAAGGGAAUAGUUAAAUGUGUGAGCCAAAAAAAAGCCUACAUACUAGGGGAAAAAAUAAUUUACGUUUUGUUCUUGUCAGUGUUGUUUUUUUGGUCAUAUAAUCUGUUUGAAUUUUAUAUGUGGAUACACAGAAACUUCUGGGCCCCUAACUAACAGAUUUGAGAGGAGAACUACUGACCUUGAAAGCUCAAGGUGAUUGGGAUAUGUUUAAGAGCACUAAUGCUACAGAAGGUACAAGGGAAAUAUAUGAAGAAGCAGUACUGGGAAGAAAAUGUUGGGAGGAAUUAAAAUCUGUUCAUGAAAUAUGGAGCUUGAUUUAGUCCUCAAUAAUGGCUAAAAGUGUCCUUUGAAAUCUUCUUUUACUGCCACCACAUUAGUCUGUUUAUGUUUGGGGAUGGCAGAGGUACUAGUUUUAAGUCUGUAUUGGUUUGUUAUAUCCAAAUAGCAUUUGGAAAGUCUGCAGUCAGAUAGUAUAGAAUGCAACACUACACAUAAUGCCUGAUAAUUGGGUAGUCAAAGUUGGGGAUUAUUUGAACUUUUAUUUUCUUCAGGCUGGUUUGCCAUAGCCUAAUAACAGGGCAUAUAUGGCUAAAUACCUUUUUUUGUUAGAAUUAAAAAUAAUUUACUGGAUAAUGUUUUAAAAUCUUUUAAAACUAAAUUGUAAGCAGUGGUUAUAUUAGGAUGUCAUACAAGCACCUAAAAUGCCAAAUACAUAUUUCAUAUGUCUUGCUAAAAUACCAAACUAUAGGAAAAAGCCAUCUACUUGCAAAUGGUAAACACUGGCAGGUCAGGAAAAUACUCCACUGUUAUCAAAUGGUGACAUUUUUUUUCUGAAAGAAAGCUAAUUACCUAGUCCCAUUGAGAGGUUAUAAAAGCACCAGAAAAGAAUGUAAAGAACUGGUAUAAAGAAAAAAAAUUUAAAAUUUUUUUUUUCAGAAACCAUUUUUCACAAAUUUUUUUUUUAGUUUAAUAGGUGAUAAGAUUGAACAGGGGGGCUGGGGAUGUGGCUCAAUCGGUAGCACGCUCGCCUGGCAUGUAUGCGGCCCGGGGUUCGAUCCACAGCAACACAUACAAACAAAGAUGUCGUGUCUGCUGAAAACUGAAAAAAAAAAAAAAUUAAAAAAAAUUCUCUCUCUCUCUUUAAAAAAAAAAAAAAGAUUGAACAGGAUCUCUGUUUUCACAUAUUUAGAUGACUUUCUUCACUGUUCUUUGGUGCUGAGGAUUGAAUUGAGGACCUUGUACAUGCUUAACACACACUCUACCACUCAACUGUGCCCUUGGUUCUUAAGUUGGUUGUAGGGGGUGGUAAUAAGUCCUAUGAAAAAUAAAAUGAAAGAUAUAUUGUUUCUUCCCAGAAGAAAUAUGUUAGCACAUAGUAUUAAAUUUUUUGAGUAUUUCAGUAAGUUUAUGGGCUUUUCUAAAGUACAUUGAGUAUAGACAUUAUUCUCCAUGUUAAAAAAAUUUUCACUGUUAUAUUUCUUCAGAUUACUGCUUUAACAUGUUCAGAAGUAAAAAUUUUUGGCAUUGUCUUAAGUCCAUAAGCUAGAGGACUGUAUUCAGGAUAAAAGGAUAAUCUUUAGGAAAUCUGUUAGUUUACAGUAGUCUCACAUGAUUUUUGCUUUUCCAAAGAUGUUAGUUAUGAAGAUAAAACCUGUCAAAAUGCUGUUGAGUGGAGCAUAAAAAUAUUCAGAUUUAUUUUAUUUUGACAAGAUAAUUUAGUGUCAAAUAUUGAACAUGCCUUGGAGAAAGUGAUAAAGUGUGAAAAAUGUAAUACUUUCAAGAUCUUUAUCAAAACUAUCCUAAGAUGAUGUUUGUAUGUGGUGCUGAGGAUCGAUGCAUAUUGGUAAUUCUCAUGAAGGAUUUCUAAAAUAUGAACAUUGCUGAUGCAUAGUUUAUAUAUAUGAUCUUACUAUAUAUCUCUCACCUUCCUCAUUUAACUACAGUGAUACAGACAGUGUAGUUGCAAUGCUAGGAAAUAAGGCUUUCUGAAUCUGGGGUCUUUCAAGUUUAUUUGAUAUAUAUUCAUUAAAUAGCUAUUUCUAAGUCACUAAAUCAGUGUAAGACAAAAUAAUACUUAAAUAGGCCAUUUGCUCAAAUUUAUGUUGAAUUCAAAUCUCAACCUCUGAGUUUGGGUGGUUUUUAUGGUGAGAGGUUCAUUAGUCUCUUUGUAGGCUUCAGAUAGUUCCUUUUAUUUGAUCAGAAAGAAGAAAACUGAAAAUACAAAUAGCUCUAUGGCUACAAAUAGCCAUGUAGACCUUUCCUCCGCUUCCCAAUUCUGGGGAUUGAGUCCAGGAGCCCUCUACCACUGAGAUACAUCCCCAGCCCUUUUCAUUUGUAGACAGGUCUCAAUAUUUAUCACCCAAACUGGCUUCAAAUAUGCCAACCUCCUGCCCCAGUCUUCCCAGUAACUGAGAUUACAGUGUGCCACCCUGCCUGCCCUAAUACAUGUAGAUUGUCAAUACAGAAUACAGUGUAUUUUGACAGAUCACUUAAGAGUUGGAAGGAAAAAGUUUUCAUACUGUAGCAGAAUGUGCUAAAUGCAUUUAGCUUUAUUUUUUUCUGGCAUGAGCCUUCCCAACAUUCUUUCAGAAAAAUGUUAAAUUAUAUGUGAUAUUUACUCUAGAACCAUUUGUGUUAGUCAUGAAAUUGUUGGACUAGAAUUGUCUGUUCUUAGUACUGCUAAAUCUCCUCAUUACUAUUUUUAAUGAGUCAUUCAGUGAAAUGUUGGUUAGUAAUUUUCAUCUGCACUGUGUAGAUACUCUAAAUCUCAAGUAUGAAAUUAGUUACAUUUGAAUUAUUAUACUUAAGAAGUGAAAGAAAGAUCACCUACUGCCAACUGUGUUACUUUUCUGAUUCAGUGUUUUCGAAAAGAUAACUACUGAGGAAAUCCUUAUCAUUGAAGCAUUUAGCCUAUAAAUUUACAUUAAUCUUAUCCAUCUCUCAUCGUUUACUGUGCAGAUAUUGGUAUUAUGCUUAGUUGUUCUCAGAUAGUUACAUAUAGGUUACUUUUGUCUUCAUAAGUUGUAGAUAAUAAGAACUGGUGAUUGUUAUUUUCAAGCUUCUCUUCCCAAGUGUCUUGCAUAGGAUGAGUAAUAGCUAAAUUUGAAGUGAUUUUUUUAUAUGCCAGUUAUAUGUCAGUUACUUGUCUAUGUAUAUUGAGUGUCUUAACUCAUUCAAUCCUGCAGACAGCUGUAGGCGGUGGAUACUAUUAUCCGUCUUUUAUUGGAAAACAAGACUGAGUGACUUCUAAACUGUCAUAGAUAAUGUUACAGCCUAGAUUUAUACCCAGACUUCAAAUUAUAUAUAAGGUUUUGAUGGACCCUUUUUACUCAUUAUCUUCAGUAUGAAGAUAGUCCUUUGCUGGUUUGUUGUCUUCUUUCCAAAACAACAAUGCCUUUGACCUAUAUUGUUUAUCUAAAUACUAUUUCUUCAAUAAGUCAGGCAUGUUUUCUCUGUAGGAGUUCUGAGUAUAAUGUCUACCUAGAAUAUUGUUUCCCAAACUUUUUACAUGAUUGCUUCAUUUUCAUCUUUAAGGACUUUUUGUUUACAUGUUUUUUCUUAAGUAAAUCCUCAGUUACUGUUUACCAGAGCAUCUUGUUUAGUUUAUUGUUAACACUUUAGAUAUUAUUUGCCAAUUUACAAAAUUAUAUUUUCUGUUAGAUUUUAAAACGAGACCAGGGACUGUAAUGGUUAUAUUUUCAUUACUUGCACGGAAAGUAGGUAUUCAAAAGAUAUUAAAAGACAGAUUAAGGAAAUAAAUGGCUGGAAAUGUAGUUCAGUGAGUGAUAGAGUCCUUGUUUACCUUGCAUGAAGUCCUGAGUUUAAUCCCCAACACUGAAAAAAACAGUGCUGCUUUCUAUUCAUAGCCCUGUAUAAUUCUAGACUUUUCCCUGUCAAAGACAAUGCCUAGCAUAUGUAUGUAUUAGGUGCUCAGUGAAUAUUUCUUUAAUGAAUAAAGACAGAAUUAUCUUCCUGAAUGAUGACAUGUGAGCUCUAACAUGACCAACACUGUAAUAGAAUUAUCAAGGUCUUAAUAUGCUGUUGUAAAAGAUGAAAAAACUGAUGUUAAGUAGCAUACUGAACUUCACACAGUUUUAUUGUGAGAAUCGUAUAUCUUGGCUUUUUUUUUUUUUAAAUUCAUCAUAUUUUUAAACUGCAAAGCUAAUGUUCUUUCUUGUACUUUGUUUCCAGUCUAAUUUAAACUCAUCCUCGAUUUCAUCAUAUGUAAAAAUGAUCCAUCUAAAUUAAAUGACUUCUGAGGUCUGGUAUGAUUUUAAAGUGACAUGGUUUGUGAUUGUAUACCACCUCGGAAAUUGAAUGUUACUUUAAAAGAAUAUGUAGAAUAUUGUUGAAGAAAUUAAUUAUUAUCUGGCUUCCUCAUCAGUAAUGCUCAUUAAAAAACUUUUGUGUUCCUUAAAUAUACAUGAAUACAUUUUAUGUAUAUAUGUGGGUAAUAUGUAUAUUUUGACCAUAGGAAGGAAGAAACAAAAUGAAAUAAGAUAUUCUAUAUCAUAUAUAGAAAAUGAAAAGGUAUGACAUUUAAAUUUUUUAAAAUUUUCUCAUCACUAGAAAUUUCAAAGCUGUUUGAAACUAGUUUUGUUAAAACUUUUCUGCCUUAUUGCAUGUGUUGACAAUAUUUCCAUGUUUUAGUCAAGAAAAGUGCAAAAUGAUUUGACAGAAAGCCAAAUUAAAGACUGCCAGUACAGAUGGUCCCCAACUUAUGAUGGUUUGACUUAAGCUUUCAACUUGAUUGUGUGAAAGCAAUACACAUUCAAUUGUUACUAUACUUCAAAUUUUGAAUUUUGAUCUUUUCCCAGGCUUACAUAGAAUAACUCAUUCUGUUUUUCACUUUCAACACAGCAUUCAAUAUUUAACACUUUAUUAUAAAAUAGGCUGGUGUUAGAUGAUUUUGCCCUAUUGGGGGCUAUUGUAAGUGUUCUAAUCAUCUGAUGAUUAGAGUAGGCUAGGUCAAGCUGUUUUCAGUCGAUUAGGUGUAUUAAAUGCAUUUCUGACUUCAGAUAUUUUCAAUUUAUACUGGGUCUAUCCAGAUGUAACUCCUUUGCUAUAACUUGAGGAAAAUAAAGAUAUUAAGAAAAUGAUCCAAUAUAGUUAAUUCCUUUUAAGAGACUAACAUAGAAGUUGGUGUAUAUUUAAGAUUGACAUUGGACACAAGUGGCAGAUUUUUCCUACUUUUUCUGUAGGAAGCAUGGCCCUUUGAUGGUGCUGCUCAUAAAAUCAUUUAAAGUUAUUUCAAGAAGUUUAAUAAAACAUUUGCUUAUUAAAACAGAAGGUUUUGCAACACUUAGUGCACUAAAUGGAAUAGUCAGAUUUAUGAUAGAACCCAGAGUACAGAAACAAGAAUAAACAACAGAAUAUAAACAUACCAAGGAUUUUAAUGCUGGAACUGUCAGUAGAGUAAAUAUUAAAUCACUGGACAUCAUUAAGCUCCUAGGAAUUAGAAGAAAUUAUACAAGAGGCCUUUUAUGAGCAGCUUAUGCUAGAGCAAGAGUUUAGGAUAGAGAAAGUUGAUUUUAAAGAAUGCAUCAAUGGCUGGGUUUGGCAGUGCCCACCCAUAAUCCCAGCUAUGUGGGAGGCUGAGGAAGAAGGAUCACAAAUUCAAUACCUGUGCAAUUUAGUGAGACUGAGUCUUAAAAUAGAAGAUAAAAAGAGCUGGGGAGCUCAUUGUUAUAAUGCCCCUGGGUUCAGUCCUCAAUACCAAGAAAAGAGUAGGGGUAGGGAAGAAUGCUUUCAUGCUUUAAGCAUUCUUACUAUUAACAUUCUUGUUGGUAAACAUUUAUUGAGUACUUUAUAUAUGUGCCACGUAUUUUUAACAGGAGGCAUUCGGUAUAUUGUUUGUUUCUUCUGGUUUCCUAUACAAUUCUCAUUUUGUUUAAUUUUUACUGUUUAUUAAAGAGUUUAUUUUAUUAUGAAA